AAGUGGAGGGAGAUGAACAAGUGGGGUUUCAUCCGGAAAAUAUAAAGGGCUUAAUAUUAGGGUUUUGUUUUAACCAAAGCAAGGGAGCGAGAGGCAUUGUUGGUUCUUGGUUACAACUCUCUCUGCCAACAUGGGUAUUUCCAGGGAUUCUAUGCACAAGAGGCGUGCCACUGGUGGCAAGAAGAAGGCCUGGAGGAAGAAGAGAAAGUAUGAGCUUGGUCGUCAGCCUGCUAACACUAAGCUGUCAAGCAAUAAGACAGUAAGGAGGAUCCGUGUUAGAGGUGGCAAUGUGAAAUGGAGGGCACUGAGAUUGGAUACUGGAAAUUACUCCUGGGGAAGUGAAGCUGUAACUCGCAAGACUCGUAUACUUGAUGUGGUUUACAAUGCCUCAAACAAUGAGCUUGUGCGGACUCAGACACUUGUCAAAAGUGCUAUUGUUCAGGUUGAUGCCGCUCCAUUUAAACAGUGGUACCUUCAGCACUAUGGUGUUGAUAUUGGUAGGAAAAAGAAGUCUGCUGCCAAGAAGGAUUCUGCCGAGGAGGGUGAUGCUACUGCUGUUGCUACUGCAGAAGAAUCCAAAAAGAGUAAUCAUGUGCAGAGAAAAUUGGAGAAGCGCCAGAAGGAUCGAAGUCUCGAUCCCCACAUUGAGGAGCAGUUUGGUGGUGGUCGUUUGCUUGCUAGCAUUUCAUCUCGACCCGGUCAAUGUGGCAGAGCUGAUGGCUACAUUCUGGAAGGUAAGGAGUUGGAAUUUUACAUGAAGAAACUUCAAAGAAAGAAGGGAAAGGGUGCUGCUUGAUUUUAGUGUUUACCAAAUUUUUAUGUGGCUUUAGUUGUUUUUAUUUGUUGCUGGUUCCAUUUAAGGGGAUGUUUUGUGCUACAGGACAUCGUUUAGUGCGAACUAUUUUAUUAGUCCUUUGCAGAUUGACAAUUUUGUUUAUCCCUCUUUCAAUGAAGAAUUUUAAAAGUUUGGUUAUUUAAGAAUGAUUGUAUAAUUAACUCAAGGGUUUGUUUAUUAGGAGCAAAGUGAGAAGGUUAAGUUUGA